AUGGCCAAACCUCUUGUUCUACCGCCUUUACCAAAACCAAAACGCUUUCCAUUGUAUUUGCAUCCAUAUCGUUUAAGGCGUCACCGCUGCCCACACAACGAUGUCCCGGAGCCAUUGUUCGAUGUGGAGGAGCACACUACGAGCGUUGUCUCCGCAUACAAACAAGACUACGACGAAAAGUACGUCAAUCGUACAAGCGCUGUCUAUCAUGAAGAUCAUUUAAGACUUGAAGGUGAAUUUAUAGAACCUGAGCGACCCCACUGGCAGCCUGUCGAACGUCCCAAAGCAAAGAAGCCAGAAGAUAAUCUAAGGCCUGAAGGUGAUUUCGAAAAAAGACGUCCAGAAGAAUGGCGUCCAGGUGAAAGAGCACCUAUUAAAAAACCGGAAGAUAAUUUGAAACCGGAGGGUGACUUUGCAAGGAGAAAACCCGAGGAAUGGCGUCCAGGGGAUAGAGCGCCUGUUCGCCGACCUGAGGAUAACUUGAAACCUGAAGGGGACUUUGAAGACAGAAAACCACAAGAAUGGCAACCAGGAGACAGGGCUCCUGUUAAAAGACCACAGGAUAACCUCAAGCCUGAAGGUGAAUUUACCACUCCUGAAAAAGAUAGUUGGCGUCCCGCAGAUCGACAGAUGCCUAAAAAACCAGAAGAUAACUUACGACCUGAAGGAGAAUUUGAAAGACCCAAACCGGAGGAAUGGCGUCCUGGUGAUAGAGCGCCUGUUCGCCGACCUGAGGAUAACUUAAAACCAGAAGGUGAUUUUGAGCGUCGAAAGCCAGAAGAAUGGCAACCUGGAGAUAGAGCUCCUGUCAAAAGACCACAGGAUAACCUCAAGCCUGAAGGUGAAUUUGAACAGAGGCGCCCUGAUGAAUGGAGACCGGGUGAUCGUGCUCCAACUCGUCGCCCACAAGAUAAUCUAAGACCUGAAGGUGAAUUUAACACUCCUGAAAAAGACAGUUGGCGUCCCGCAGAUCGACAGAUGCCUAAAAAACCAGAAGAUAACUUACGACCUGAAGGAGAAUUUGAAAGACCCAAACCGGAGGAAUGGCGUCCAGGGGAUAGAGCGCCUGUUCGCCGACCUGAGGAUAACUUAAAACCAGAAGGUGAUUUUGAGCGUCGAAAGCCAGAAGAAUGGCAACCUGGAGAUAGAGCUCCAGUACGACGGCCACAAGAUAAUUUAAAACCUGAAGGAGAUUUUACAACUCCAGAGAAAACUUCUUGGAAACCUUCUGAACGGCAAAAACCUAUUAAGCCGGAAGACAAUCUCAAACCAGAAGGAGAAUUUACAACUCCGAAAAAGGAAGACUGGAAACCUGCCGAAAGACCUCAACAGAAAAAGCCUUUAGAUAAUCUAAAACCUGAAGGAGACUUCACAUCACACAGCACAAAAACUGAAGAUUUCAAAGUUGUUAUUGGCGAAAGGGCAGAAAUUGUUCGACGAACUGACAAUAUUAUCACUGAAGGAGAGUUCAUAGAUUCCACCACAUCACGUUCUGAGUACACAGUAAAACCCGUGGAGAGGCCAAAACCUGUGAGGAGAAACACAUGGACUAAAAUUGAAGGAGAAAUGAUAACCGAAACAACAUCACAAUCUGAAUACAUUGAUUAUACUGACAUCGUUGAAAGAACUUCUAAGAUAACCAAAAUGACAGAUAAUUUAAUAUGUGAAGGUGUUGUCGAUUUUGUUACUUCAAAUCAACAGGAUUAUUCUGAAAAAACAACAACCGUAGAACGUCCACAAAGACGUCGAACAUGGACAAAAGAAGAUUUUGAAAAGUUUCAUUCAACAGAAAACGUAGAGACUUUAACGACUACACAAGAAGAGUAUCGAACUUUGGAACAGAAAAUGCCAAAGCGAGUUAAGCCUAUGAAGCCUAAGGAUAACCUUAAACCUGAAGGCGACUUUGAAAAACCACAACAUGAAGAAUGGUUUCCUGCUGAACGACCGAAACAAAAGAAACCCGAAGACAAUUUACGUCCUGAGGGAGAAUUUACAACUCCCGAAAAACAGCAAUGGCGACCUGCUGAACGUCCUCGACAAAAGAAACCUGAGGAUAACUUGCGUCCUGAAGGUGACUUUGAACAAAGAAAGCCAGAUGAGUGGCAGCCUGCUGAUCGUCCUAUUCAAAAGAAACCGAAAGACAAUCUCAAACCAGAAGGUGAAUUUGAAACUCCAGAAAAGGAGCGUUGGCGUCCUGCUGAACGACCCCAACAAAAGAAACCUCAGGAUAACUUACGUCCUGAAGGUGAUUUUGAACAAAGAAAACCAGAUGAAUGGCAACCAGCCGACCGCCCAGUUCAAAAGAAACCAAAAGACAAUCUCAAACCAGAAGGUGAAUUUGAAACUCCAGAAAAGGAGCGUUGGCGUCCUGCUGAACGACCCCAACAAAAGAAGCCUCAGGACAACUUACGUCCUGAAGGUGACUUUGAACAAAGAAAGCCAGAUGAGUGGCAGCCUGCCGAUCGUCCCGUUCAGAGAAAACCAAAGGAUAACCUAAAACCAGAAGGUGAAUUUGAAACUCCAGAAAAAGAGCGAUGGCGUCCUGCCGAAAGACCCCAACAGAAGAAACCUCAGGAUAAUUUACAUCCUGAAGGUGAUUUUGAACAAAGAAAGCCAGAUGAGUGGCAACCUGCUGAUCGUCCUGUUCAAAAGAAACCGAAAGACAAUCUCAAACCAGAAGGUGAAUUUGAAACUCCAGAAAAGGAGCGUUGGCGUCCUGCUGAACGACCCCAACAAAAGAAACCUCAGGAUAACUUACGUCCUGAAGGUGAUUUUGAACAAAGAAAACCAGAUGAAUGGCAACCAGCCGACCGCCCAGUUCAAAAGAAACCAAAAGACAAUCUCAAGCCAGAAGGUGAAUUCGAAACGCCAGAAAAGGAGCGUUGGCGCCCUGCUGAACGACCCCAACAAAAGAAGCCUCAGGAUAACCUACGUCCUGAAGGUGACUUUGAACAAAGAAAGCCAGAUGAGUGGCAGCCUGCUGAUCGUCCUGUUCAAAAGAAACCGAAAGACAAUCUUAAACCAGAAGGUGAAUUUGAAACGCCAGAAAAGGAGCGUUGGCGCCCUGCUGAACGACCCCAACAAAAGAAGCCUCAGGAUAAUUUACGUCCUGAAGGUGACUUUGAACAAAGAAAGCCAGACGAGUGGCAGCCUGCCGAUCGUCCCGUGCAGAGAAAACCAAAGGAUAACCUAAAACCAGAAGGUGAAUUUGAAACUCCAGAAAAAGAGCGAUGGCGUCCUGCCGAAAGACCCCAACAGAAGAAACCUCAGGAUAAUUUACAUCCUGAAGGUGAUUUUGAACAAAGAAAGCCAGAUGAGUGGCAACCUGCUGAUCGUCCUGUUCAAAAGAAACCAAAAGACAAUCUCAAGCCAGAAGGUGAAUUUGAAACGCCAGAAAAGGAGCGUUGGCGCCCUGCUGAACGACCCCAACAAAAGAAGCCUCAGGAUAACUUACGUCCUGAAGGUGACUUUGAACAAAGAAAGCCAGAUGAAUGGCAGCCCGCUGAUCGUCCUGUUCAAAAGAAACCGAAAGACAAUCUUAAACCAGAAGGUGAAUUUGAAACUCCAGAAAAGGAGCGUUGGCGCCCUGCUGAACGACCCCAACAAAAGAAGCCUCAGGAUAACCUACGUCCUGAAGGUGACUUUGAACAAAGAAAGCCAGAUGAGUGGCAGCCUGCUGAUCGUCCUGUUCAAAAGAAACCGAAAGACAAUCUUAAACCAGAAGGUGAAUUCGAAACGCCAGAAAAGGAGCGUUGGCGCCCUGCUGAACGACCCCAACAAAAGAAGCCUCAGGAUAACCUACGUCCUGAAGGUGACUUUGAACAAAGAAAGCCAGAUGAGUGGCAGCCUGCUGAUCGUCCUGUUCAAAAGAAACCGAAAGACAAUCUUAAACCAGAAGGUGAAUUUGAAACGCCAGAAAAGGAGCGUUGGCGCCCUGCUGAACGACCCCAACAAAAGAAGCCUCAGGAUAAUUUACGUCCUGAAGGUGACUUUGAACAAAGAAAGCCAGACGAGUGGCAGCCUGCUGAUCGUCCUGUUCAAAAGAAACCGAAAGACAAUCUUAAACCAGAAGGUGAAUUUGAAACGCCAGAAAAGGAGCGUUGGCGUCCUGCUGAACGACCCCAACAAAAGAAGCCUCAGGAUAACCUACGUCCUGAAGGUGACUUUGAACAAAGAAAGCCAGAUGAAUGGCAGCCUGCUGAUCGUCCUGUUCAAAAGAAACCGAAAGACAAUCUUAAACCAGAAGGUGAGUUCGAAACUCCAGAAAAGGAGCGCUGGCGUCCAGCUGAACGACCCCAACAAAAGAAGCCUCAGGAUAACUUACGUCCUGAAGGUGAUUUUGAACAAAGAAAGCCAGAUGAAUGGCAGCCUGCUGAACGUCCUGUUCAAAAGAAACCGAAAGACAAUCUUAAACCAGAAGGUGAAUUUGAAACUCCAGAAAAGGAGCGCUGGCGUCCUGCUGAGAGACCCCAACAAAAGAAGCCUCAGGAUAACUUACGUCCUGAAGGUGACUUUGAACAAAGAAAGCCAGAUGAAUGGCAGCCUGCUGAUCGUCCUGUUCAAAAGAAACCGAAAGACAAUCUUAAACCAGAAGGUGAAUUUGAAACUCCAGAAAAGGAGCGUUGGCGUCCUGCAGAAAGACCUCAACAGAAAAAACCUGAAGACAAUUUACGACCUGAAGGAGAUUUUGAACAAAGAAAGCCAGAUAAGUGGCAACCUGCUGAUCGUCCUGAACAAAAGAAACCAAAAGAUAAUCUUAAACCUGAAGGUGAAUUCGAAACUCCAGAAAAAGACAGAUGGCGCCCUGCCGAACGUCCACAACAGAAGAAACCUGAAGACAAUUUACGACCUGAAGGUGACUUUGAACAACGGAAACCAGAUGAGUGGCGCCCAGCCGACCGUCCCGUGCAAAAGAAACCAAAAGACAAUCUCAAACCAGAAGGUGAAUUUGAAACUCCAGAAAAGGAGCGUUGGCGUCCUGCUGAACGACCGCAACAGAAGAAACCUAAGGAUAAUUUACGUCCUGAAGGUGACUUUGAACAAAGAAAGCCAGACGAGUGGCAGCCUGCCGAUCGUCCCGUGCAGAGAAAACCAAAGGAUAACCUAAAACCAGAAGGUGAAUUUGAAACUCCAGAAAAGCAGCAUUGGCGUCCUGCAGAAAGACCCCAACAGAAAAAACCUGAAGACAAUUUACGACCUGAAGGAGAUUUUGAACAAAGAAAGCCAGAUAAGUGGCAGCCUGCUGAUCGUCCUGUACAAAAGAAACCAAAAGAUAAUCUUAAACCUGAAGGUGAAUUCGAAACUCCAGAAAAAGACAGAUGGCGGCCUGCCGAACGUCCACAACAGAAGAAGCCUGAAGACAAUUUACGACCUGAAGGAGAUUUUGAACAACGGAAACCAGAUGAGUGGCACCCAGCCGACCGUCCCGUGCAAAAGAAACCAAAAGAUAAUCUUAAACCUGAAGGUGAAUUUGAAACUCCAGAAAAGGAACGUUGGCGUCCUGCAGAAAGACCCCAACAGAAGAAACCGGAAGAUAAUUUAAGACCAGAAGGAGACUUUGUGCAAAGAAAACCAGAUGAAUGGAAACCAGCAGACCGUCCUGUUCAAAAGAAACCUGUAGAUAAUCUAAAACCCGAAGGCAAAUUUGAAAAACCGAAACAACCUGAAUGGCAACCCGCUGAACGGCCAAAGGCGAAAAAGCCAGAAGAUAACCUAAAACCAGAGGGAGAUUUCAAUACUCCCAAACGUGACAAAUGGCAACCAGCUGAAAGGCCUGAAGUAAAGAAACCUAAGGAUAACUUAAAACCUGAGGGUGAAUUUGAAAAACCAAAACCCGAAGAAUGGCAGCCAGCUGAGAAACAAACACCCAAAAAACCACAAGAUAAUCUGAAACCAGAAGGUAAUAUGGAAAUUAUUCGUCGUACUGAUUAUGUGGUUACAAAAGGUGAUCGCGCUGAUAUCGUAAAACAUGAGGAUCACUUGAAAAUGGAAGGUGUUAUUGAUAUACGUCGUUCAAGAGAUGAUUACAAACGUAUUGAAAAGACAGAGAAAGUAGUUAUACAGAAGCAUGAAGACAAUUUAAGGACUGAAGGUAAAUUUUACACACCAGAAGUAGUUCCAUCUCAACCUGCUGAGAAACGCAAGCCUUUUAAACAUGUCGAUAAUAUAACUCUUGAAAGAGAGACGGACACACGGUUUAAACAAAACGUUGAUCGAGUAGAUAUUAUACGAAGGGAAGAUAAUCUUAAAAUAGAAGGCGAAUUUAUAGAUAUGAAACAACGAAAUGAUUAUAGUUCAGUUAAAGGAGACAGAACUGCAAUAGUUAAGCAUGAGGACAAUCUCAAAAUGGAAGGUACAAUGGAGAAUACACGUUCUUCAGACACCUACAGGGUUGUAAAGGGUCAAAGAGUAAAAUUGACAAGAAGAGAGGAUAACCUUAAAAUUGAAGGUGUUUUCGAAGAUCAUAUUAGAAGAAAUGAUUUUAAUAAAACGACCAAGAAUGUAAAGUCUGCUAUAACAUAUGAUACUAGUGAUCAAAAAAUUGUUAAAGAUAGGGUUCAAGGUUCACCGAAAGAACAAUAUGAAACUUCGCCAAUAAACAAGAUGCCAACUAAUAAAGAUACAACAUAUCUUAUUAACGAAAGUGUUGAUUCCGGAUCUACAACAAAAGUUGUGCGGUACUAUGAGAGUGACAAUACACAUCAUGUAACAUCGUCUGAUUCUUCUAAAUCUCAACGCACCGAGACCAUAAAAACUACUGACAUUAAAAAGACACAAAGAGGUCCUUAUGAUAAGGAAAGGCCAAAAGAAGUCUAUGAUUCAGGUGAUUUUGUACCCGAGAAGGUUUAUCCAGAAGGUAGUGUUGAGCCAAAGGACGAAGUUGGCCAUCUGAAAAGAGCGCAAAUGCCAACAAAUAAAAUAUCAAGCCCUAUACAGCCAAAGGAAAAUAAACGCCCUGAUGAUGAGACUGAUUCGUCAAAAAGGCCACAAGGUGAAAUUCAGCGCCCUACAGGUUCACAAUGGCAACCGAACGAUAGAAGUAGCCCGAUUCGACCAAAAGAUAAUUAUCCAAUUGAAGAUGGUAAAGACACUCCAAGAAAAUCUGAUAGGGAAACAGAUUUUCCACAAAGACGAGCUCAAUGGCAGCCAGGCGACAGAGCGAGCCCCUUCCGACCAAAGGAUAAUUUACAUAUUCCAGAUAUUAAAGGAAGUUCAAGACCCGAUGGUGAAUCUGAUCAUCCUCAAAGAAGUCAAUGGCAACCUAGUGACAGAGCGAGUCCUAUUCGACCACAAGAUAAUUUGCAUGUUCGAGAUAGUAAAGACAACUUAACAAGGCCGGAAGAUGGGUCAGAUUAUCCUCAAAAAUCCCAAUGGCAGCCUGGUCAAAGAGCUACUCCAGUUCGACCAAAAGAUAAUUUACAUACUUCGGACAACAAAGACACAAGAAUGUUUGACGACGGAUCAGAUCAUCCACAAAGACCUCAAUGGCAACCUGGUGAAAGAGCAAGUCCUAUUCGACCAAAAGACAAUUUACAUAUUCAAGAUAAUAAAGACAUUACAAGAAAGUUUGAUGACGGAUCGGAUCAUCCUCGAAGACCUCAAUGGCAACCUGGUGAAAGAGCAAGUCCUAUUCGACCGAAAGACAAUUUACAUACUCAAGACCAUAAAGAAUCUCCGAAGAGACCCGAAUACGAAACAGAUUUAAGUAAACCAGAAAAACCAAGAGGAAUUUCCGGACCAGGUCAAGUGAGGCACAUUUCUGAUAUAAGUAAAUACGAUUCCAGGACUACUACUUCUACUGACGAUACCCAUAAUAUUGAUAGUAGCAAUCAGACUUUACAUACAUCAAAAGUAAGCAAGAGUGAUGUACACCAAGAAAGCAAUGUGAAAAUGACUCAUUCGGAAAUAUCUUCCAAACAUACUAAUAUUCGUAGUUCUAAUGUAGAACAUUUGGAUCAUUCUAAAACCGGAACACAAACACAACAUUUCGUCACAAACAGGGAUAGGAAUGAGAGUGGUAGAUCAAUUGAUGUUCACAAACAAACGGAUAAUUUAUCACGCCAAGACGUUAGCAGUCGUGAUCAUACUAAUCGUGUAACUUCGAAGAAUACUACAGAACGCAACAUCAUAAAACAAGAUGUAAAACAAAGCAAAACUAUGUCUUCCGUAACCAAAACUAUGAAACAAGUGACCGAAAAGAAAUUGAUUGGAGGUAAAUGGGUAAAUGUAACCAGAAAUGUAGAAGUUUCUAACACCAGUCUCGGCGACACCCAUUCAAAUAGAAAUGGUCACAUUGUUAGUUCCUCUACACCAAAUAAGCAGAUAAACUCUAUGGACAAAGUGGUUACCUCCGACAGCAGAAAUAACUUACAAAAUCAAACACAUUCUUCAAAUACAACGUAUAUUAUAGAAGGUAGACACGAUGUUAAUCAUAAUGUGAAUCAAUCCUCACAGCGGUCUGUUUCUGAAAACCAAUAUGUAAAUCAAAAUCUUCAAGGAAAAUCACGUAACGCAAUCAUUUCAGAACAACAUGUUGAUAUCUCAUCAAGUCAAAAUCAUCAAAUUGGACAACAUAGCUAUGUAUCAUCUGAUGUUCGAUCCAGCGAACACAGUUCCAAGUCAGUGCAACACGGAAGAGAAACAAUUCAUUCUAAUACAAAUAUAAAACAUGGUAAUACGAAAAUAAACACCGAAGCAAAUGCUAGAAGAAACCAAUUUAAUGAAAGUCAUGAUAUUUUGAAUCAAAAUACAAAUGUAAAUCAAACACAUUACAACACUCAAUCGGGUGGAAGUAAUAUUGAUGGCAGGUCAAGGAACGUGAUAUCCAGUCACACUGAGAAUAAUAUAUCAAGAUCAUCUUCAACACACCAAUCUCACACAGUAAACCGUAGCCAUUUGAGUGAUAGUGUGACUAAAACAAGUAUGGAAUUCCAACGAGCUAUGCAUGGUGGUGGAGACGUUUCAGUUACCUCCAAUGAAAACACUGCACGUAUUGGUCACCACAAACGUACUUCCGAUUUGGUAUCAGAUGCUUCUAGCACUAACGCUGUUCUUCAUAGGAAGGGAAUAACUUCUACGACAGAAGCACAACAUUCGAUAAGUUCUACAGCUGCUGCUCAACGUAAAAGUAUAAUAAAUCUCAGUGACCGCGGUGAAUAUAUAAGUAAUUCAACCCAUAGUGCUGACAGAAAAAGUAUUAGCUCCAUGCACCGAUCAGGUCGCGAUAACGUUGUAUCACACAGUUCUGAAAAUGUCGAUGUAAGACGUCAGCAAAAAAGAGAUGGUGAAUCUACUUUGAUUAUUGAGCGACAACCUAGAGUGGUAUCAAGAGACAAUCUCCGAGUGGGUGGUGAAUUUUAUGGUCAUUCUGAAGCUCGUUCCUAUGGUAACUUUUCGAGGUCCGACCACACUGCGAGAUCUGAACGCACGGAGAGAGUGGAACGACAGACGAGGACUGGUACAACAUCGCAUUUCGUAUUAGGAGAUGGCAGUUCAAGCUACAAAAGGGAAUACACAACGCAUGUCCAUGGCACUUGUCCGGCCACACUGAUUGAAUCUCCCCGCACUCCGUUCAAACAUACACGCGAUUCACGCGAGCACAAAUUUUAUACCGCGAAAAUAACUCAACAAAAGUCAUAA